CAGUUCCAGAGACGGGUCAGAACUCCAUCCUCCCAGAACUGGCGCACCGCACUCUUGGAGGCUCUUCGGAACUCCACGGUUUAACAGCUUGCUACAAAUUGUGACGGGGAGCGAGAACCACACAGAUGUGAGUAACUCAAGUAUAUUAACCGGCAUCAACUCUGUAAUAUUGGAGCGGAUGUCAGAAUUGAUCAGAAGCAACUCGGGAACUACCCAGGUCUGGAGGACUCUGAUGACGUACCACAACAUGAUGAUAGCCUCGGAACAUAUCCUGCUGAUGGCCCUCCAUCAGGUCUCUAGCCUCGCACCAGGCCACUCUAAACACGACACAGCAGCCAGACAAUAUCUGUUCUCUGCCAGGCUCUUCUGCCAUUUUGACCCAGACUUCUACCAGAUGUACGUCAGAUUCUACUCCACCCAGCAGAUCGCGAGCAACAAAUCAUCGCUAAACUCGCAAAUGGACAGAUCAGAUUUUGAAGAAGCAAUUCGUAUUUUAGAGAAUACGACCGAGUUUGUGAACCUAAUAAAAAACUACCAGAACCAUCUCAUAGCUAACAUUAGCCUGCAGGUGUCCAAGUGGCGUUCCGCCAGUUUUCGGGACCGGACGCUGACGGUUUCCCUCCUCUCUGUGAUCCUCCUGGUGUCUGUGAUUAUCGUCUUGUUGGUGGUUCACGCUACCCACACUAUACAGACGUAUGCCAACACCCUGGUCCGCCGCACCGUCCAACUGCGAACGGAGAAGCGGAAGAGCGACUGUCUUCUCAGCCAGAUGCUGCCCCUGCCUGUUAUACGGCAACUGAAGCAACACAAGCAAGUUGUAGCUGAGAACUUCGAGAGUGUGACGGUGUACUUCAGUGACAUAGUAGGCUUCACGAGGAUCUCUGCCAAGAGCUCCCCUAUGGAGGUGGUCAACAUGCUCAACAAUCUGUACCGCCUUUUUGACUCCCGCAUCCAAAAGUACGACGUCUACAAGGUGGAGACCAUCGGAGACUCCUACAUGGUUGUCAGCGGGCUGCCGCAGAAGAAUGGCAACAAGCACGCUGCAGAGGUUGCCACGAUGUCACUGGACCUGUUGUUUAGUCUGGAACACUUCCGGAUUCCUCACCGACCUCAUGAGUCCCUGGAAGUCCGGGUGGGACUCAACACUGGACCUUGUGUCGCCGGCAUCGUAGGUACCACCAUGCCGCGCUACUGUCUCUUCGGCGACACUGUCAACACUGCUUCUCGUAUGGAAUCCACAGGGGAAGCAAUGAAGAUCCACAUGACCAGCGAGACCAAAGAUUACCUGGAAUUGGAGGGCGGCUUCUACAUGGAGUUGAGAGGUCAGAUGGAGAUCAAGGGCAAGGGUAUCAUGAACACAUACUGGCUGACGGGAAAAGAGGGAGGCGUUGGCUCGAGCACCGAGAUCGAGUUCACCGAAGACUGCACCUACAUCCCAGAGUUCCUGCAGAUCAUCGGUACUCCGACUCCACAAGACGAGGAGCUGCUGCCGCCAUAGUAUCAGGAUGUUCGGUGUCUGGACGGCAGCCUCCUCGCCCCCAACACCGACAUAGAGAUGUGCGAGCGCAGAUUCUCAUUGUUCUCUCAGAAAAUUAAUAUUUUCGGUAACCAUUGAAUACGACGGUCUACUGUCCUCUGUCAUCGCUUCAGAAUGAAUCAAGUUGCUGCUGAAUAGGAAAGUUUUACUUUGCCAACAACUUUAAAUGGCAAAUUUCUAGCCAAUAAUGGUAUAAGUCCAUUCAACAAUUAUGAAAGCGUCUAUAGUGUUGGUGAUAGUGAUAAAUGGUGUUUUAAUAACGGUAUUAAAUAACAUUCUUUUAUAAACCAUAGAUUUGUAACAUGCAUUGGAUUUCUGAGAUUCCGAGAUAAUAAAUGAGGGCUUCUAGUGAGGAAAGAAUAAAUAUGAAUACAAUUUUUACAUGAGCAAAUGGAUGAAGUUUGAUAUCAUUAAUUGAUAGAAACACUCUUACGUAUACGUUCACUACAAUUAAAAAAGCUCAUUUCGUUACUAAACCUAUAAGUUAUUAGCGAUAACUUUCCGCUUUGCCAAACUGUCUUCCCUCUAUGCAUUUUCUCUUUUAAGCAGGCUGCAACGUUCCUAUUGUAAUGAAUGAAAGUUGUGUUGCAAGGCCUUUAACACAAAAUGAACACUGAAAUAUGGAUUGUCAUGUCUUCUAGGCGAAAUAAAUAAUUAUCCAUAUGAUAGGAGUCCAAAGUAAACUGAAGUAUACAAAGCACGAAAUCAAAUCACGUGCUCUGGGACAUAUUAUUUUAUAGCAUAUCAGUAAGUACUACGAUUACGGGGAGACGAUACUACCCUCCCCCCCACCCACAACACGAGUGUAGUACACAUGAACUCGUCCAACGAGUAGAAAACUUUCGAAACUAAAAAGCGUCUUAAUUUUGAUUUAAAUGUUCUUUCAGAAUUUUCAAAUCGAAUGCCGUUCGAAAUUAUAUUUAGUAUGGAGACACCCUGAGA